AUACACACUGCUUGCUGGUGUGCUUGUUUUCGUCGUUUCCCAACACUCUUUCACUCUCUUUUACAGAUUCAUAAGAUUCUAAUUCUAAACCCUAAAUUAUUCUUAGUUUCCCCUUUCACCCCUUUUGGUUUUCUCUCUGUUCACUGCACAAGAAAACUUUGGGUAGCGAAGCAAAUAAUCUGUCCGCUCCCGCCAUGAAAGUACUCGAAAACGACGACCCAAUGUCUCUUUCGAAUCGUCUUUUGGCUUCUCUUUUGGAGCAAAUCCAAAGCAUCAACAAUUUCAAAGGCAAAUGGGCUUUGAUCAAAUCCAAACUUUCUGGUCUCGGUGCUCAACUGGCCGAGUUUUCCGAGUUUCCCGCUUCUUUGUCUAACCCACUCGCCGUCGACCUUCUUCGUUCCAUUUCUCAAACCUUGAAUGAGGCUUCAUCGCUUUCUCGGAAAUGUCAAAGCGCCGAUUUGGCCGAGGGAAAACUCAGGACCCAGAGCGAUAUCGAUGCGGUAUUGGCUAAAUUAGAUCGACAUAUCAAAGAUAGCGAGAUUUUGAUUCGGAGUGGAGUCCUUCAAGACGGUGGGGUCACGGUUUCUUCAAAGAAAGAAGCUGUACGAGUUGAGUCGAGGAACUUGAUAACUCGGUUGCAAAUCGGAACCACCGAGUCAAAGAACUCAGCCAUGGACUCGCUUCUAGGCUUACUCCAAGAGGACGAUAAAAACGUGAUGAUAGCCGUGGCGCAGGGUGUGGUUCCCGUGUUAGUCCGUUUACUAGAUUCGAGCUCAUUAGAAAUAAAAGAGAAAACAGUUGCCGUCAUUUCACGGGUAUCAUCAGUGGAAUCAAGUAAACAUGUAUUGAUCGCUGAAGGCCUAUUGCUUUUGAACCACCUGCUUCGAGUUCUUGAAUCGGGAAGCUGUUUCGCCAAAGAAAAAGCCUGCAUUGCUUUACAAGCUUUAAGUUUCUCAAAGGAAAACGCUAGAGCAAUCGGUUCCAGGGGUGGGAUUUCGUCACUUUUAGAGAUUUGCCAAGCUGGUACUCCGGGUUCUCAAGCUUUUGCAUCUGGGGUUUUGAAAAUUUUAGCUUCUUUCGAUGAAAUUAAAGAGAAUUUCAUCGAAGAAAACGCGGUUUUUGUUUUAAUCGGCCUUGCUGCUUCUGGGACUGCCCUGGCACAAGAAAAUUCCAUUGGUUGUUUAUGUAAUUUAGUUUCUGAUGAUGAAAAUUUGAAGCUUUUGAUUGUUAAGGAAGGUGGGAUUGAAUGUUUGAAGAAUUUUUGGGAUUCAUCUCCCAAUCCCAAAAGUCUUGAAGUCGCUGUGGAUUUCGUUAGGCAAUUAGCUUCUUCUCCACACAUUGCAGAUGCUCUAAUUGCUGAAGAUUUCAUUCCCCGCCUCGAGUCUGCUCUAAACUGUCGGGUUUUAGCUGUAAGAAUUGCAGCUGCUAGAGCUGUUUACGUGCUCGGGUUUAACUCGAAAACAAGGAAAGAAAUGGGUGAAUGUGGAUGUACAAUAGCAUUGAUCAAAAUGCUAGAUGGGAAAGCUGUUGAAGAAAAAGAAGCAGCUGCAAUGGCCUUGUCGUCGCUCCUAUUGUACACCGGAAACCGAAAGGUUUUCCGAAACGAAGAGAGAGGGAUCGUAAACGCGGUGCAGUUAUUGGAUCCUUGGAUUCAAAAUUUGGAUAAAAAAUACCUUGUUUCCAUCUUAUCAGAGCUUGUAAGUUCAAAAAAUUGCAGGAAGCAAAUGGUUGCAGCUGGUGCUUGUGUUUACUUGCAGAAACUUGUGGAAAUGAAUGUUGAAGGAGCUAAAAAGCUAUUGGAGAGCCUUGGUCGUGGUAAAAUUUGGGGCGUUUUUGCCAGACCAUAGCAAUGGAAGAUAUCUGCAAAAUUGGUACAUUGAACUGUAUGUACAAAACUCGUGUUUUACUUUAAAAUUUCUUGUUCAUGGUGAAUGUUGAUUUGCUUAGAUUUAGAGUGUAACUGGUAAUGAAAAGGAGUUUCUUCAUAGGCCUCAUAAUCUUGGUUUGGUCACCUAAUUCAAUGAGUUUACAUCUAUACAUGAAUCAAGUUGUAUGA